AUGGAGGAUGCGGCUUCGCUGGCCUCUCUUAGCCUGCAGUCCCCAGCCGGCGUUCCGCCGAUGCUUCGGCACUGUCCGUCGGCCGAGAUGAGUUUGUCACAGAGCUCAGGUCCGGCGUCUCCGCCCCGCCUCGGCGGCGAGUUGCGUGCGCGAACCGGCCCGCCGUCUGUCUCCUCGACAGUCGCCGUGUCGCGCAGACCGACGGAGUCUCAGACUUCGCCGCUGUCUGCGCCGUACGCGGAGCCCUCGCUCACGUCGCUCUUCCCCUCUCCGUCCUCUGAUUUCCUCUCGCCUGUGCUCCAGCCCGCGGCGCACCCGCCUGCGGUCCGGGGCCUGCGGCUGCAGGGGACGACCAGCAGCGCGCACAGUCGCCAGGCGUCGAACGGGACGCGGCGGCUGGGUCUGGAGCCUCAAGCGUGUCCGUCGCUCGCGCCCGCGCACGCCAAGCGCGAGCCGUUUGUCGGCGCGCUGGACACCCGCGCGCUCAGCUCGCGCGGCGACGCAGCUCGCUCGCAGAAUCCGCGUCCGGAGCAAGGGACAGGCGCGCCACACGCGCCGGCCCCUCGCCCCGCGUCUCCGCUUUCGUCGCGUUUCACCUCCUGCCUGCCGGAGAAGAAGGCGCUGGCGGCGCCGGCAAACGAGCUUCCUCUCGCGCCACACGCGACGCUCGCGCACGCUUCGCAACCCCUGCCGUCGCUGAGUGGGUUCACCGCUGCGGCGCCUUCGCCGUCGUCGGAGGCCUUCGCGGGCUUCGCUGCGCCGAGUCUCGCCUCCAUCCUCGCGGCUCCGGGGCCUGGCGCAGGGGCCACCGCGGGGUUUGCUGCAGGCCUCAGUCGAGCGAGCGGAGGCGCCGUAGUGCGCGCCGAGGCGGAGAGGGACCUCCGCGGGGGGAGGGCGGAGCGCGAGCAGAGAGCGGCGCUUCCAGCCGGCGCUCACUGCCGCGGCCACGAACUGAUCUCCACGCAGGAUGCGCCGUCGACCCAGCGGCCCGCCGCCGCAGCCUCGUCGCUUUCGUGCGCCUCGGCCUGCUGCGGAAGCCAGUCCGACGACGACGCCUCGGCGCGGGACGUCGCGCUGGUGACUUCGCAGAGCGGGGAGCGCCUCGCGGGCGACGCGGCGCUCGCUGUGGGGUCGUCGCGCUCCGCCUCCCCGCUGCUGAGGAGCAGCAGACAGCUCGACGCGCUGUCGCAGGUCUACAUCCCCGACAGUCUCCGCUGCGAACCGCAAGUCGUGGAAAAAGUGAUAACGGUUCCGCGAGUGAUUUACGAGGAGAAAAUCACUGAAGUGCCGCAGGUCGUCAUGCGUGAGCGCGUCGUGGAAGUUCCGCAGGUCGUUCGGAAAGAAAAAGUCGUUCAAGUCCCGAAAAUCGAAGUCAAGGAGAAAAUUGUCGAGGUGCCUGUCGUUAAGUACGUUGACAAGGUCGUCGAGGUUCCGCACUGCGUCGUUGAACAGAAAAUCGUCUCUGUCGACGAAGUUAUUCGUCAAGAGAAGAUUGUUCACGUUCCCAAGAUUGAGGUGGUAGAGCGCAUCAUCAAAACGCCAAAGAUUGUGCAAGUGGAAAAGAUUAUCGAAGUCCCGCGAAUCGAAUACAGAGAGGUGGAAGUCGAGAAGAUUGUAGAAGUGCCCAAAGUCGAAAUCAAAUACGUCGAGCGCGAAGUCCCCGUUCCGCAGAAAGUUAUUCGCCACGUGCCCGUGGAUAAAAUCGUCCACGUGCGGCAGAAGAAGUUCGUCGAAAAGAUUGUGAAAGUACCGGUGCCGCGCUAUAUCGAAGUCCCAAAGUACAUCGAACAGCCUGUCCCGCGAGAAAAGUUUGUCCGCGUUGAAAAGAAAAUCGAACGGAAAGUCCCCACCCCCCAGCCACAAGAGACCUACCAGGAGGUUGAGAAACCGAUCUACGUCACUAAGUACAUCGAGAGGCCAGUUCCCGUUCCGACGGAGAGAAUCGUAGAAGAGCACGUGCCUGUGGAGGUCCCGCGAGAAGUGGUCGUCGAGAAGCCGUACGAUGUCGUUCGGCGGGUCGAGAAGCCCGUCGAGGUCGCGGUCCCUUUUGUCUCCGGGGACCCGCUGAUUCUAACUCCCGCGGGUUACGUGCCUUUCCAAGAAUUCGCGCGGAAAACGCAAGCUUUGACUCCACAAGAGAAACUUUUUUACGAGAGACAGUCCGAGUCUUUCCUCAACCGCAUCUCCUCAAGCGGAGCUGCCACCCUGUCCCCGCGCCCGCCGGCCAUGUCGGUCCGCCCUACGACCGUGUCUCCGCGCCCUACGACCGCGGUUGCAACGGGCCCUGGACCCCAACCGGCUGCGCCGGGCGGACCCCCGUCGGGAGUCGUCGAGAGCUCACGAGGAGACCAAGCUUGGCACCCCCACUCGGUAACUCCUGGAUUUGCGCCUCCCGUUGCCGCGCUGUCGCAAGCGUCGCAGCAGUCCGCGUAUCCGUUCUCACCUCUCAACUCGCCGAGCGGGUAUUCUGGGUCGCAGCCUCACCCGUCGCAACGCGUCGACUGA